CGGGAGACAGUCGGUGGCCAGGCGCGACGACGCAACUGCGAAUGCAGCGGACGGUUGCGACCGAUCUUUAAACUAUAUAAAAAUAAACCCGAAAACAAAAAGAAAGAAAAAACCAAACCCGAGCAGGCUGUGCCAAAAAAAUAUUCAAAAUUAGAGUACAUAUAGUGAUGUGCCUUCUAUUUGUGUUGUAAAUAAAUUGAUUGCACCCAAAAUAAAUAAUAAUAUUGGUAGGAAACGAUGUCCGCAAUGAGUGUGGCAGCACGCAAGGGCAGCACCCAGCUGGAUGUUAUGCAAAAGGCGGGCUGGAAGAUCGAUGAAAACGAAAAAGCCUGCUACAUAGACGUCGAUGAGGAUAACGAUAAUGAAACCAGCGUCGAAUCGAAGUGGUGCUACCUUCCGGACUUGAUACUCGAGGAAAUCUUUACCUACCUCACACCCAAAGAGCGCUACUAUUCUGGUCUGGUCUGCCGCCAAUGGCAUCGGGCCUUCUAUUUGCCAACAGUUUGGAACAACUUUGUGGUCGAUGAUCGCACGCUGACGAGACCAAAAUACAACUACUAUUCGGGCUGGCAGUACUGUCUCGAUCAUAUGCGCACACAGAACUGCCUGUCGAGAAUUGGCCGUCACCUGCGAGGCAUCGAGUUCCGGCCGUGGCACAGCUUCAACAACAUCUACCAGUUCAUGACAAUGCUUUCCUGGAGCAUGGACAAAGGCAGCGAAUUGAACGCCGAGCCGCAGCUUAUUGGCAUGGGUCGUCGCAUACGCUCUCUGGUAUAUCAUUUCCCCUGCAACAUGUCCCAGCCCAACGAUCCGGAAGGCAUCAAGCUCUUUGGCACUGGAGGACAAUUGCUGAAGGGUCUGAAGGAGCUGCUGCUGCGACUGCCGGACUUACACACUCUGAAGCUAGUGGACUUUGUGCUGGAGCGCUUCGAGGCGAAUCAUUUGCUGGACGAAGUCGUCUGCAGCUGCUGCACCAAGAUGCGAGUGCUCAAUCUGGUUAAUGUGACCACCACACACUGUCCCAUCAUGCAUGUGGGAUUGUUUCUCAAUCUGCAGGUGCUCACCAUUUCUCCCCAAAACAUAGACGAUGAUGUGCUGUCUCUGCUAGCGGAUACAACGCUGCGGCAUCUGUAUUUACUGCAAAACUGCUAUACUCCCAGUCACCUGACCAUCAGCGCCUGUGGAGUCAAGGCUUGGCGCAGCCUAAAGACGACGAAUCCGCGCAUGCGCGUGCAUCUGAGGCUGGAGAAUCUCGUCGAUGGCGAGGUGGUGCUGCAGCCAGAGGCGCCAGUCCACAGCAUCACCUACUGGGCGCCACAGGCUCGGGUGAGGGCUCACCUGCUUGUCCGCAUUAUAGAUCACUACAAGAACACGCUGGCCGUCUACGGUCACGAGCUGUUGCCGCGCUUCUCCAGCCCCAAGCCGUUCCACAACCGCAUCGACAGCUUGCUGGUGCUGAUGUGCCGCCAAUGCUUCAACUUGGACACUCUGACCAUACGGGAGAAAGUCUCCACUGCGACGCUGCUGCUGAUUGCACGAACGGCCAAGAAUCUCCGACACUUGAACGUGAGACGCUUCGCAGUGAUUCUGCGCUGCGACUGGCCCCGCCAUCCGGAAUGGAGCAACGAGUUCCAUGCCUGGCUCCGGACAAACUCGCGCUCCUACGCGGCUGUGGAGCGGGAGAUCUCCCAGAUCUUUGGCUACAAAUGGCAGCUGUUGAGCGAUCGCGACUUCAAGCAGCUCACAGUGAAUGCCAAAUCGGGUGCCUAACAAGCAUGUUGUCUGUCCACGCCCAUCUCCAUCCCUCCCUCCCAUCCCGCAGGAGUCUUGUGAUAAACGGUGUAAAGCUUUACUUAAUUGUCCAAAGUUUGCUAUGCAAAAAUAAAGUAAAUAAUUUCAAUAUUCGAAGGGGUAAACC